AUGGCUGCCAACAAGAAGAAGAGAAUAAUGGUUCUUCAUGAGGAGGGGGCUGCUGCCCCCAUGGCACUGCCCUCGGCUGCUUCUCCCCCUGACCGCUUUGGUGCCCUAAACACAGGGCAAGCAAGUGCAGUUGUAGCCAAUGAGGAAGCAAACAUUCCAGCAACAUCCACUCCAGGUUCUGUAAUGGGUACUGGUCAAAUGGCUUCUACAUUGAACUCUGCUGCCAGGUCUAAUAACCAAUCAGAGAAUUUACCACCAGAGAGCACCUACAGCGGUAUCAAGGUGAUUUUGGACAAUAACAACAUGUGGAAUGAGUUCUUCAAAUGCAAAACCGAAAUGAUAAUAACCAAACAAGGCCGGAGGAUGUUCCCUUAUUGCCGCUUUCGCAUCUCUGGUUUGGAGCCCUUCCAGAAGUACACUCUGCUCAUGGAUAUCAACCCUGUGGACAACAAACGUUACAAGUGGACUGGGCAAGACUGGCAAAUGAGUGGAAAGGCAGAGGCCCAUGUGCUGAGACGGGUUUUCAUCCACCCAGACUCUCCAUCUUCUGGUCACCAAUGGAUGCAGAACCCAGUGUCAUUCUACAAGCUUAAGCUCACUGACAACACCAUGGACCAGGAGGGCAAUGUAAUUUUGCACCCAAUGCACCGCUACUUACCACACCUGCAUUUGGUCUCAGCUGAAACGGCUACAGAGGAUAUUCAGCUCAAUGGGCCUGACGUGAUAACCUUCACCUUUCCCCAGACUGAGUUCUUUGCUGUAACAGCCUACCAGAACGUACGCAUGUCUCAGUUUAAAGCAGAUUUCAACCCUUUUGCAAGUGGACCCAACUCCUGGGCUCUAAAGCUGAAAACGAGUCCCUCCAAUGAGUCAAAGAAGGAUGAAACCAGAUCUCCCAAUGAACUCAAGCCUUUGAAAGGCUUGAAUGGCCUGAAAUCUUUGAUGGCGGCAAAACGCAGCUCUAAAGACACUUCAACAGUAGAUAAAGGACUCCUGAGCCCUGAGGCUCAAAAUGUUUCCCUUGCAGAUGGUGACAAAACUGAGGUCAAAACUGAUGGACCCAGCUCCAGGCUGAAAUCAAGUCCCUCCAAUGAGAUGAAGAAAGACUCAGCCCACUCUCCCAAUGAGCGCAAGUCUGCGAAAAGCCUGAAUAACCUGAAGUCUUUGAUGGCAAAACACAACUCUAAAGGCACAUCAGCAGUAGAUCAAAGAGUCCUCCGUGCAGAUGCUCAAAAUGUUACACCUGCAGACAGUUACAAGUCUGGGGUCAACGCUAAUGCACCAAGCUCCUGCACUCCAAAGCUGAGAACAAGACCCUCCAAUGAGUUGAAAAAAGCAGAAACCACAUCUCUGGAAUUCAACCCUCUUAGAAGUAGUUUGAGGUCUUUGAUCUCAAAAUGCAACUCUAAAGACACUUCAGCAGUAGAUCAAGGACUCCUGAGCUCAGAUGCUCAAAAUGUUACAUUUGCAGACAGUGACAAGUCAGGAGUCAACGCUGAUAAACCCAGCUCCUGCAAGAAAUCAAGUCCCUCCAAUGAGAUGAAAGAUGAAACCAUAUCUCCCAAGGUGUUCAAUUCUGUGAAAAAUACCCCAAAGUCUUUGCGUAGAAAACGCAACUCUCAAGUUGAAACUGCUACAGUUGCAUGCAGUGAAAAGUCAGUCGGAAACACAGAGUCCACUGAACAUCAUUCUUGGUAAGUUCUCAAGUUCAGUAAGCUACAUGUUAGCACUUUUGCUUCUUACUUUAAAAUACACUUCUAAUCUUUGACCUUUCUAUUCUGAGCAGUACAACAGGUCCUCCCCAAAGUAACUUCCCUGAGCUGAUUCGGGAGUGUCAUCUGAAAAUAAGAAGGUGCAAUGUGGAGAUAACCAAUACAACUUGCAGUGUUGUGCAAACGAACACUAAGGGCAUCGUUGCCAAAGGCAAAGUUGUGGAAGUAUCUGUGAAUGACAAUUUCCCCCAGAUUUCUGAACCUGAAGCCUUGUCCGGGAAGACUAUUGAAAAUGUGGGAGCCCAGCACAAUAGGAAUACGAUUGACAGUGACAAGGACCUCCUCAAUUCAUCUCAGUCCCAGGAGCCGGUCAAGACCCCUAUGUCAGUCAAUGACCAUUCAGCAGAUGAAGUUGAAAACAGUCAAAAGGCUUCCCAGAGCUCCUCAGUGAGCUCUGAAGCAAAAAGGACAGGUUUUGAUGAACAGCUGCAGGGGAAGGCUAAACCACACAAACGACCUGAACCUGUGCCUUUGCCCCUUCUUGCACUCUACCUUCAACAGUUGAAGUCGAAAUCCAGACCUGUUAGGACCAAACCAAAACCUCCGGUAUUGCCGCCUUCUUCAUCCCCAUCUUCUGCCGUUCCAGCCACCGAUCCUGUUAUUCCAGCCACCGAUCCUGUUAUUCCAGCCACCGAUCCUGUUAUUCCAGCCACCGAUCCUGUUAUUCCAGCCACCGAUCCUGUUAUUCCAGCUACCGAUCCUGUUAUUCCAGCCACCGAUCCAACUGGCCCUUCCAUGGACUCAACUGGUCCAGCCCUGGAAUCUACUGGUCCAGCCAUAGAUUCUACUAGUCCAGCCAUGGAUUCUACUGGAUAUGCUGUAGUUCCUGCCGGUGGUCCUGCUGAUCCAGCUAUAGAUCGCAUUGUUCCAGUCAUUGCCCCCUCUGGGCCAACCACAGACUAUACUGGUCUACCUACCGAUAUUUCAGUCCCAAACACAGAUUUUUUGGUUCCUGCCACAGAUGCAUUGUUACCAGAACCUAAUCCAGUUUUACCAACCACUGAUCAGUCGUUUCUUGUCCCUGAGCCUACCUUAUCCAUUGCACUAUCAUCCCCGACCCCUUGUUUUCCAGCAACUGUCUUGUCAUCAUCACCAUUCCCUGACCCAUUCGUACCAGCCCCUUCCUUGUCAUCCCCAGCCGAAGAACUGCCACCCCCUGUACCGGUCACAUUAAACCUAGCGGCUGAUCUAUCAUCACUUACCUCUGACCCUCCCUCAACUGCUUCUGCACUGUCAUCAACACCUAGUCUUGCCACCUUGGAACCUGAGUCUACCCCCUCGUUACCAUCCCCUGGCCCUUCGCGAGGUGGCUUUGAGCCAUCAUCACCUGCAUUAUUAUCAGAUCUUGAACCCCCUUUAACUUCCCCUGUUACAUUGAAACCCGAAACCGCCGCCCCCUCCUUACCUGUACCUGCCUCCUCAUUCCCGGCCCUUGAACGAUUACCGGCCCCUAACCCUUUUGUUCUCUCCUCUGAAUUUUCAUCACAUGGGUCACUUUUAGGCCUACCUGCCCCUGAUCCUUUUUUAACAAUACCCUUUAUCCCAUUGUUGCCUUCCGCUCACCUUAACCCAUUACCCUUUGAGGCAAACUCAUUUUCCUCUACCUCUCACCUUGGCUCACUUGCUCUGGACACUGCAAUAUCCCCACCUCCCUCGGACACUGCCUCAUCAUUCCAAGUCAAUUAUGAACCAUUAACACGCCCUUCUACACCGUCUCCACUCCCAUUCCAGUUGUCACCCUUUUCAUCGUUAGGUCCAGACCCAUUGUCACCAACCCCAUCACUGGCUGACCUCACUAACUUUUUCUCCAUCGCCGAUGAGCUUGAGAUAACUGAAGACUUCCCAAGCAGUGAGGCAGCUCCUGUCCCAUGUCCUCCUGUCCCAAGUUUAAGUACCCCUAGCGUACCAGUUAGUUAUUCUCUACCGGUUGGUUCUAGUCAGCCAUCAAAGAGAAAUAAACCCCGGAGAUCUAAGAAGAGAUCUAGGAAAGGAGUGAAAUCUGCCAAGGGUGAUUCACUCCCAGUGAUUGGCGGACCCACAGAUGUCACCAUGCAGCCCAACCUGGAGGAAGUUGAGGAGCAGCUGUUUGUCUCUUUCACUUCCAAGGUACGGCGUAAAUAGUAAAAUGUAUUUUUGUAUGUCAGUUAUUUGGUAACACUUUACUUGCAUUCAUAACACCUUUUAUGAGUGUUACAGAUCAUUCACAAGAACCUUCGUAACACAUGUAUACAUGUUACCCUAAGAGCACAUGUUUUUGGCUUAUCUUGGCAGAGAACACAGUGUAGAGGCCUAACAUGACAUUUACAAUGGGUGCUCCUGGCCAGAACUGGCUCUAGGCCAGGCACUCUGUUUACUUCAGAUCCACCUUAUCAUGGAUAUUGUCAAAGAAAAGUUCAUAAUUCAAUAAGAUAAUUCCAAGGGCUGUUUACCCAGUGGCAUCCUGCCAAAUUGAGAGAUCAAGAGAGAAGAUGCACAAGGCUCAAUGCAAACAGUCACUAGCUGUUAACCCUUUGCUAGACUGUUAUGUGAAAGGUGUUCUGAAUGCGUUAUGUAUACCCCCUUCAAGUAAAUUAUUACCAUUAUUUAAUGGUGUGCCACGCCACCUGUGUUUCCUCGGUUCUUGUUUAAGGGGGAGGGAGAUCUUUAACAUGGAAAUCGUUAUUUUGGUUAUGUUUCUUGUAAAGCGAAUAAAAUGUUUUAUCCCUAUUCAUAUGUUUUCAACAGCCUACUGUUUAUCCAAAAAAUUGCAGCAUGAAAAUAAUACAGCAUAUUAUAAGCUGUGCAAUAAGACAUCAUAAGGGCUCAUAACAAGUAACAAAGCAUUAGCUAUAUCCAUCGGUUUUAAGUAAAGUGUCAUAUUUAAGUAAAGUGUUGUAAUUUACAGGAAGCACUUGAAGUCCACCUGGGAGAGCCUGCACUUUGUGAGACGACGACUGCGCAACCUCAGAAAACCCCAGAGGCGACAGAGAAUGGUACAGAAAAUAACCAAUUUGAUUGAUCAUGGUCUCAAGCUGCUGUUACGUGACGCCUGUUAAAGCAGUUAAACUAUUUCUCUUUCAGUUGGAGGACUAGAAACCACAGAGGAAAGAAUAGCAGCUUUCGAGAAGGUUAUUUUGGGUGAUCUAAAGGUUAUGAGGCAUCGGCAGGUCAUUCAUCCCGUGUUGCAAGAAGGUAACACUAAAAUAAAUGGCUGUUAAUGACAGCGUAUAUAUACUUUUUAUUGACAAUAAUUUCCUUGCACACUAGCAUGUGACUCAUGUCCCACUGUGCUUUUCAUGACAGUGAUCAUGUGAUGUUUAAUCUUAUGAUGGUAGAAUGCUUUAUUAUGAUGCAUAGUCUAUGCUUGACGAUCGCUUAUCUGUCAUCUGUGUUGUUUGAAGUUGGGCUGAAGAUGAGUUUACUGGAUCCCACUCUGGUCAUUGACCUGCAGUACUUAGGUGUUCGUCUACCUCUUCCUCCACCCUUCCUAUUUCCAGAACCAAGCUCUGCAGGAUUGGCAUCUUCUCCAAGUUAGUAGUUGUUUAAUGUUGGAGUUUCUGUUUUAUUCAAAUGGUUAAGAGUAUUUUUUUCAGUAACCUGUUAAGUGUUUUAUUAGGAUAGUUUAAUACAUUUUGAAAGGAGCAAUUGUUUAUUGUCAUACCUUUUUUUCCCAAGGUGGUUCAGUCCCCUUUGUCUCCAGGACAGGCAAGACCACAGACUUCACCCAAAUCAAAGGCUGGAGAGAUAAAUUAGUCCCCUCGGACUCGCCAUCAUCCUCCAAGCCUGAAGGUAAUAUUUACAUUCAAAUCCUACGUCUUCUCUGAUUUGAUAAACUAAUCCUCAAGACUCCAUUCACAUCAACAGUUGUAACCUUUGACCUUGAAUUUGUCUGAAAUAUUGCAUGGUGCUUUAAUGGUGGCAUUUCCAGAGGGGAUACAGUGGAGACUGUUUAAUGUUGACGUUUUACCUCUGACGUCUUGAGAAAGGCUUUAAUUUAAGCAGUCUCAGCUAUAUCUUGUGAUUCCUAUACUAUGUAGCCCUAUAGGGGAUACAAUUGACUGUGUAGUGCUGAUUCAAAAAUGUUUUUGCUUUAAAGGUGGCCUAAGUUCAGAUGUGGUCCCGAAGAACUUGUCAGCCUUCUGCAGUGACAUGUUGGAUGAGUACCUGGCUAAUGAAGGUAAACUCAUUGACGAGCGCGCUGCCAGUUUCAACCAGACCACUGUCGUCACCCCUGUGGUCUACCAGCUGCCCACCAAGAGCACCAGCUACGUCCGAACCCUAGACAGUGUGCUGAAGAAACAGGCACCAGCACUUUCUGCCACCUUUGUCCCCCCCUCCAAAAAACCCAGACAGCCCCUCGCAUCCAAAGGACCUAAAAAAUUGGAGAAAAGGCAACAAAAACAACAACACGCAAAGCAGAACAGAACUAAACCAACUUCUGCAACAACACCAACACCAUCGCCCACUGAGCCACCACCGCCGCCAUUGCUGGAUCAUGCAGCCCCCAUCACCCACGACGACACAAUUAAAACUGUGAAAAGGAGAAAGAGGAAGCCGAGGGUCAAGACUCCUCCACCAGCCCAAGACGCUCCUGUGUCCAGGCCAGAGGUAGAAGAGCCACCUCCCGCUGACCUGGCUCCUGUGGAAGAGGAUGACUCAGACCCAGAGCCACAGCCUGCUGCCGAGACCAGGGUCGUGGUUCCUGGGCUGACCAAGGCCCUGCUCCGACAGCGGGAUCUGGAAGACGGGGUUGUCUGGGAGGGCAAGCAUCGUACCUGUAUCACAGACGAGAGGGCGACGGUCGCCCUCACCUCCCUCUUCACCUCAACGGUAAGAUCAGUUACACCCCUACACCAUUAAAUCUGCUUAUUGACUCAUUUCGUUUGGUCUCACAUGAAGGAGCAAAGACGUGUUGUCGUACAUUUGUAGUGUUGAUCUUGUUUAAUAAGAUUAUUUUGUGAGUGUGUUAUACCAACUCUACGAUGGUAUCCCUGAUAAAUUAACCAUGCUAGCACUAACAGUCUACAUUUACUUGCCUCUUUUCUCUUCAGGGUUUUGUUUGUGAGAACCCUACAGCUCCCGUUAGGAUUAUAAAGCACAGAGCUCCUCCCUGCCUCAAAGCGUUCUGCCGGCUAGGCUGUGUGUGUGCCAGCCUAGCACAGGACCGUCGUAUUACCCACUGUGGAAAGAUGGAGUGCAUCUUUGGCUGCAGCUGCCUCAGGCAGAAAGUGGUCGUGCUCAAGAACUUAAAAGGACCAGAUUCCAGUGCGUCAGAGGAGGGCCCGUCCAAGAAGAAGAGGAAGAAGAGGAGGAAGAGGAUGAGGAUGGCAUAUAGUGAGUGUCCUCUAGUUUAGAAAACCGCAGAAUAAAACAUUGUUAUGAAGCUCUAUGAAUAGUUUUAAAAAUGUUCCAUACACUUUUUAUUUGCUAUACUACAUUAGAUUAGGUUAAAUACAUCACAAAGUGUGUCCAUCCUAAUGUAAAAAAUUACAUUUUGCAUUAAUUUGUAACUUCAGCUCUCAGGGAGGCUGAGACGGUAUCAGAACCAGCUCCGCGUGUGAGAAUGUUGUGGAAGCAGACGGAUGGAGAGAUGGACCCGGAGCCCCUCCGUGCCCCAACACCAGUCUACCUACCACAGCUUCCACUACAGGAAGAACCUUCAGCAGUGGUGAGUCGUGAAAGGGUGUCUAUCUAUCCAUAAAUGUUAGAUAUACCACUGUAAAAAUAGAAUUCAUAUUCUCACCCCCUGCCUUUUCUAAAGGUGUAUUUUUCUCAGGUGAGAGAGGAAGGAGGGACCAUGACAUGUGCCAGAGUGCGUGCCUUUCAAAGCAAGAGCACAAACCGACCUGAGGUCAUUGACGACCACUGCAAGCCAAAAGACUCCGCACCAGGUAAGUUCAAUGAGUCAAAUUUGACAUAAUCUUCUUAACCCCAAACAUCAGUGUCUGUCUGAGAGUAUAUUUAUCAGUCAGUGAAACACAUCAGUAAUUGGUUGCUUCCAAAAAUCAUGCAUUUCUAAUGGCUGUUGACUUUGUCUCUUGAUGUAGUGAACCCUUCCAGUAUGUCAGAGAAGUCGUCGUCCUUCCAUGGUCCCGUGUACACGGAGCCCUCCAAGCGUCUGGAGAUCGUGUCUGAGUGUAAGUGGAGGAGCCUGGCGGACAGGAACAUGGUGCUGAGGAUCGUGUGUGAGCACAUGGCCCAGGACCACCUUACCAACCCCUUCUGGGUGAAAGGUUACCUCAUAAAACCUGUGUCUCAGACCCUGAAAUAUGACGGCGAAUGCUGCUCCGUCCACUACAAGGUACACAUCUCUCAGGUCCCGCGACCGGAAGGAGUGGAGGAGGAGGAGGAGGAGGAGGAGGAGGAGGAGGAGGAGGAGAGCGGUGAGGAGGAGCAAUGGAUGGGAGAGGAAGAUGAAGAUGAACUGAUGGAGGAGCAGAGAGAGGAGGAUAAGAACGUGGAGGAAGUACCUGUCGUUGAGGAAGUGGAGAAGAAGGCUGUGGGGAAUAGAAAGGGUCUGAAAUGGAAGGGCCUGCCUUUCUUAACAGGAAUUUCUCCUGCUGGCCUCCUUACUGGCAACCUUAAGCUGCCAGACAUCUCAGACCAGGAACUUAUCACGGUAAGCAUUGUAAUCCAAAACACAUCCAAUGAUCAGUUAAUUUUACUACUCUUAUUGAUGUGGAAUGGCACCCUAUUCCCUAUGCAGUGGGGGGGAAAUUACAUGUUUUAUUGUCACACACCAGAUAAGUGCAGUGAAAUGUGUUGUUUUACAGGGUCAGCCAUAGUAGUACGGUGCCCCUUUAGCAAUUAGGGUUAAGUGCCUUGCUCAAGGGCACAUCAACAGAUUUUUCACCUUGUCGGCUCAGGUAUUUGGACCAGCGACCACUCUAGUGCACAGGGCUCUGGUCAGAAGUAGUGCUCUACAUAAGGAAUAGGGUGCCAUUUGGGACGCACACUAUAUCUAGCUAUGAGGAGAAUACACAUGGUCCAUUGCUACUCACACUUUCCCCCUGUGUAUCUUUAGGUGAAUGGCAGGUCCUACCCCCAUGCCAAGAUACAACUGGGUGUGAUGGGAGCCAUGCACCCAGCCAACCGUCUCGCUGCUUACCUCACGGGCAAGUUACAAAGGCCUGCCUGUCUAAAGCGGUCUAUGGUGGCCUCCUCCGUCCCAUCACAAAAACACCCCUCAGAAACCCCUGAAUGUUCUGAAGGUUCCACAGAUACAAGGUCCUCUACUGGACAACCAGCCCAACUGGCAGCCACUCCUUCCACCACGGUUACCACCAGUGUUCCCUCUGCCACUCCAGUUGCCCCUGGCCCAAAGUCCAUUGGUGAGAACUACUCUUUGUUGUGUUUUAUUGAGCUCAGUUUGUGAUACUACCCCCCCCCCCCCCCCCCCCCCCCCCCCCCCAAAUCUCAUAUAACUGAAUAAAAGUCAGUCACCCCCUCCCCACCCCCCCAUCUCAUCCUGGGCUGAUGCUGUGUCUCGUGUUUCACUGUCACACUGGCAUCAGUGUGUGAUGUGAUAUGGGGAUUGUUCUGUGUGGUGUGUUUUUUUUUGGUUGAACAUAGUUUCAUGGUUAUGCCCAUGUUGUUUAUCAUCAUUAAUGAAAAAUCCACCACUUUGUUUACAGGUGCAAACGUAUCACCCCAAAAUGCGUCCCCCGUCAGUGGAGUGGACACCAGUCCCCCGAUGCUGGUGCUCUCUGUCCCAGGGACCAGUCCUGCUGUCAGAAUGCCUUGUCCUCCUACCUCCCCGUCCCCUCUCACAUCCCUGACCCCUAUCAUGUCCCUGACCCCUCUCGCAUCGGGUCAGAGCAUGCUGCUGCAGCCAGUGAGGAACGCCUCAGGGAACACCCUAUACCGGAACCCCAACGGACAGCUGAUCCAGCUGGUUCCCCUCAGCCAGCUGCAGGCCCUUAACCCCAACCUCGUCAUGCACAACAAGGGUUAGUGUCUGACAGUUAACAUUAUUGAUGCCAAGGCACUGCUGCAACACUGAGUAUGUUGAUAACUAUGUUAUGAAACAAUGACUUGGCAAUGUUAGGAAGACGGAUCAGGGAUUCCCAUGUAUAAUAUGAAGUUAUUAUCUCCAACGAAUGAAUGUUGCUUAAAUACAUACAGUUUUUGUGUAUCUGUAAAUAAUGGCAAAAUAAUUUAAAGUAUUAACCAGUGUUCCAUCCAACAUUUUUAUGCGAGUAAAGUACAUGUUGAAGAAAAAUAAAUACAUUACGACAGGCCUGAUGGAAACAGCAAAUUUGUCAGUAAACUUUCCAAAUGUCGACAACAAAAUACGCUAGACAAGGUGGGAUCUUUUUGUGUCUAAAAUUAACUAUUCGAGAAAUGACGGUGGAGUCGCGCAAUGGUAGCCUAUGUUGUAUGGUCCUCUCACGACUCGGGAAAGCAUGCAGUGUAUUAGGAUACAGAUUAAAUAAGUUAUGAUUAACUUUACAGGGUUGUGAAAGUGCACGGUGAUGAGCUUGAUGCUCCUUUCCAAUAAAUAUUGAGGGUCUUAUUCUGGUGACAUGAUGAUCGAUGCUUGGCUGCCGUUUGACAAAUAAAUAUUGUCCAUAGUAAUGAUCUCAACAUGUAGGCUGUUCCCGCACUGUAUCUGCAAGCUGUUGGUUAGAGCACAUGUGCCAAUACCAGAGUGGGGACAUUCGCUAUAUACACAAAACAUUUUGUGACAAAACCAUCAGUAGAUUUGAAAAUGUGAUGGAAACGCAUUUAACUUGUGUUUUUUAUUUGGUACAUGGGAAUUUAACCUCAAGUUAUUUUACGCGCAGACAUUUAUCCGCAACAUGUACAUUUGAUGGAAACACAUCUCUGAUGGGACAAUGCGCAUAUUGUUUUUAUGCAGAUUUUAGAAUAUUCAGAUGAAAAUCUGUUGCAAAUUGGAUGGAAACCUAGCUACAGCUGAACUUUUCUAUUUUAUUUUCAGGUGGGAUGAUCAGUUUAACCACGCCUGCGUGCUUGGCCUCAGGAUCGACAGCCACCAUUAACAGCUCCCCCUCCACCUCCUCUCUCACCACAUGGCAGAGCAAGGGCCCUGGUUGCAGUGCUUCCACCAUCAGUACUGCCCCCCUUGUCCCUGUCACUUUCCCAAAGACCCAGACUGCAUCCAGCACCACUUUCCCCGUCCCUAAAACCACCCCUGGUUAUGUUAGUCUCUCACCCACCGAGACAAAUGGCGGGACGUACACCUUGAAGAUAGUUCCUCAGACAGGCAACAAGGAGCCCAUCAUCAUCAAGUGUCCCAACGUGCCAGCCCAGGGCUCCUCCAAGGUGAUGCCUGUAGUAGGGGGCUUUACUGUGCUGCAGCCUCACCCGAAAACCACAGUAAUUACUGUCAAAUCCCCCACAAAGACGGUUACGGACACCGGUGUCAAAGUUGACAGUAUCUCCACAGUGGCCGCCAAUGUAGACCCCAAUUUAGACUCUAAUGUAGUCUCUGAGGUGUAUAGUUGGAUGCUGCCUUGCCAGAAAACCACAACACCUCCUAUAACCACAAAACCCUCUACAUCCACAAAAACCCCUAAAGGCCCCCCGUUUAAAUUUAUAAAAGCUGAUGCUAUAUCCCCAGCGGACUGCAAUUUAGACCCUAAAAUCCAGCCUGAGGUGGUUAGAGUGCUGCAGCCUCCCCCGAAACCCCUUAAACCCCCUAUAACCCAGGUUACAAAGACAGGGGUCAAAGAUAACACCAUCUCCACAGCGGAUUCCAAUCUCCUUACUAAGAUGGUUCAUGUUGAUGACCCCUACCAGACGUGGACAGGAAGACCGAAGAAGAAGAGGAAGGAGGUGGAGGACCUGGUGGAGGAUGAGGACGACAAGGAUGAGGAGGAAACGGAUGAGAAGACGGACAACUCAUCUGAUGAGACCGAUUCUGCUGAUUCAAGUGUUAAUAAAGAGGAUCUCAUCGACGUCAUCAGUGUAAGAACUCUCUUAGCUUUAUACAACACGUCUGUUUUCAGAUUCCGUCACCUACAUUUCCUAUUCUCUCGUUUUAGACUAAACAGUAGUAGUGUGUCUCUUUCUUGGUUUGUGUAUUUGUGUGGGUAGGUCCGAGUAAUUUAGAUGUAAACAGUCUUGUUGUUCUGUACCUCAACUAUAGCGCCAUUGUGCCUUAGUUUUAAUAUUCAAGUCUGUAGUUUGCCAUUUAGUCUCCAUGAUAGAGCUUCUUCCUGUUGCGUUCUGUAGAGGCAGUUGAAGCACAAUGUGGAGGAGAGGCAUCGCCGUUAUGAGCUCCAUGGAUGCUUCCAGCGGCUGAGAGAGACACUGAAACUUGCCCAAAACGUUGCCAAAGUUUAUAUCAUUAAACAAGUAAGCACCUAUAAAGGGAUGGUUAACUUUUUCUUAAAGUUUUUGCUUACUUUGACUUACCCGGUGCUCUUGUUUUAUACAAACCAUUAUUCAUUUUGUUCGAUUUAAUAUCCCUUUAAUUAAUGGAGGCAUCCCAAAUAGCUCCCUAUAUAGUGCACUACUUUUGACCAGAGCCCUGUAUAGGUAGUCGGGUGCCAUUUGGGACUCAGACAAGGUAUUUGUAUAUUUUGAUAAUGUGGCCGAUUUUAGAGCUGUGCUUUGGCUUUGUUUUGUUGAUGCAUCUAUUGUCGAUGGAUUAAAAAGUCAACUCAAAUAAAUGUAUGUUACCAGGCAACGGAGGAGAUCCAAAUCCUGACAAAGGAAAGUACGGACGUGGAGAAGCUGAGGAGUUCACUGACCCUGGAGAGAGCAGCUAUUGUCAAGAAGAUGUCCCAGUUAACUGGUAAUAAUGGACACUCCUGUAACAUUUCAACAUUCAACCAACGUUCAACCAACAUCUAACCAACAUCUUUCCCUCCAUAGGAGAGUCUGAGAAGCAGAUCCUGAGGAACAUCCAGUACAUCUGUUCCCAGCAGAAGAGCGAGCUACUCGUCAACAGGAAUAAGGAAGGAGUUCCCAAAGUCUCCUCUGCUGUCUCGUCCUCUUCAGCUGUCUCGUCCUCUUCAGCUGUCUCGUCCUCUUCAGCUGUCUCGACCUGCAGUGAGGCCAAGCCGAGGCCAAGGCCAAGGCGCGACCUGGUGGAGGAUGAGGACGACAAGGAUGAGGAGGAAACGGAUGAGAAGACGGACAACUCAUCUGAUGAGACCGAUUCUGCUGAUUCAAGUGUUAAUAAAGAGGAUCUCAUCGACGUCAUCAGUGUAAGAACUCUCUUAGCUUUAUACAACACGUCUGUUUUCAGAUUCCGUCACCUACAUUUCCUAUUCUCUCGUUUUAGACUAAACAGUAGUAGUGUGUCUCUUUCUUGGUUUGUGUAUUUGUGUGGGUAGGUCCGAGUAAUUUAGAUGUAAACAGUCUUGUUGUUCUGUACCUCAACUAUAGCGCCAUUGUGCCUUAGUUUUAAUAUUCAAGUCUGUAGUUUGCCAUUUAGUCUCCAUGAUAGAGCUUCUUCCUGUUACGUUCUGUAGAGGCAGUUGAAGCACAAUGUGGAGGAGAGGCAUCGCCGUUAUGAGCUCCAUGGAUGCUUCCAGCGGCUGAGAGAGACACUGAAACUUGCCCAAAACGUUGCCAAAGUUUAUAUCAUUAAACAAGUAAGCACCUAUAAAGGGAUGGUUAACUUUUUCUUAAAGUUUUUGCUUACUUUGACUUACCCGGUGCUCUUGUUUUAUACAAACCAUUAUUCAUUUUGUUCGAUUUAAUAUCCCUUUAAUUAAUGGAGGCAUCCCAAAUAGCUCCCUAUAUAGUGCACUACUUUUGACCAGAGCCCUGUAUAGGUAGUCGGGUGCCAUUUGGGACUCAGACAAGGUAUUUGUAUAUUUUGAUAAUGUGGCCGAUUUUAGAGCUGUGCUUUGGCUUUGUUUUGUUGAUGCAUCUAUUGUCGAUGGAUUAAAAAGUCAACUCAAAUAAAUGUAUGUUACCAGGCAACGGAGGAGAUCCAAAUCCUGACAAAGGAAAGUACGGACGUGGAGAAGCUGAGGAGUUCACUGACCCUGGAGAGAGCAGCUAUUGUCAAGAAGAUGUCCCAGUUAACUGGUAAUAAUGGACACUCCUGUAACAUUUCAACAUUCAACCAACGUUCAACCAAUAUCUAACCAACAUCUUUCCCUCCAUAGGAGAGUCUGAGAAGCAGAUCCUGAGGAACAUCCAGUACAUCUGUUCCCAGCAGAAUAGCGAGCUACUCGUCAACAGGAAUAAGGAAGGAGUUCCCAAAGUCUCCUCUGCUGUCUCGUCCUCUUCAGCUGUCUCGACCUGCAGUGAGGCCAAGCCGAGGCCAAGGCCAAGGCGCAUGGGGGGAGUGACAGCAGAAAAGGAGGAGGAGGACAGGGAAGCGGUGAUGGAGGUGGUGGACCUUCUGGAGGACACAGAGGAGGACAUGGAGGAGGUGAUGGAGGUGGUGGACCUUCUGGAGGACACGGAGGAGGAGAAAACUGACAACUCCUCGGAUGAGACCGAGGAUUCUGCCGAUGACGACAACAACAAAUACAACAAUGUUAAAGGGGACGUCAUUAACAUCAUCAGUGUAAGAACUGUUAUACUUCAUUAUAAACUGGGUGGUUCGAGUCCUGAAUACUGAUUGGCUGACAGCCGUGGUAUAUUUAAGCAAUAAGGCCCGAGGGGGUGUGGUAUAUGGCCAAUAUACCACAGCUAAGGGCUGUUCUUAGGCACGACGCAACUGAUUACUAAUUAGAGCAGUACAAAUAAAUGUUUUGUGAUACCUGUGGUAUACGGUCUGAUAUACCACGUCCGUCAGCAAAUCAGCAUUCAGGGCUCAAACCACCCAGUUUAUAACAGACUGCAUACCACGGGUAUGACAAAACAUGUAUUUUUACUGCUCUAAUUACGUUUAUAAUAGCAAUAAUGCACCUUAGGCGUUUGCGGUAUAUAGCCAAUAUACCACGGCUAAGGGCUGUAUCAAGGUACUCCUCGUUGCGUUGUGCAAAUGAACAGCCCUUAGCCGUGGUAUAAUGGCCAUAUACCACACCCCCUCGUGCCUUAUUGCUUAAUUAUACAACACAGUUCGAUUUCUGUCUAUUAAAAUCUUGCCUUUUUCUCUUGAGAAUCAUGGUUUUACUGGUUUUUAACUACAACUCAUCUGUCUUUCAGGAUGUUGAAGAAGUCGCGGAAGAGGAGGUGGCUGUAGACCUUGAGAGUGUGGAAGACAAUGCACAGAAGAGCACCACUUCACAACUGAAGGCAAAAUAUACUAAAGAAGUGGAAGGAGAAACGGGGCCCAAAUUAAGAGUAUGUCCCCCCCCCCCUCUGUGUUAUUACAAAGACAGGAACAACCUUUUAAUGCCUUCCUUCAAAUAUGGUUGUGCUGUGAUUUCACUGUCCAUGGUUAUAAUUUGAAGUGUUCUUGGUUCAAUGUUACCAUUAGCACUGGGACUUGCGCAACAAAUACGAGAGACAACGCUGUGCUGUGCUUCGGAAGAGCUUUAAAGCCCUGACAGAGACGUUGGACCUUGGCAACCCAGCACCUAAUAAUGUUUUCAUCCUCGGGCAGGUAAGACUAAGGCUGUAUCCCAAAUGGCAUCCUAUUCCCUAUAUAGUGCACAAGUUUUGACCAGGACCCAUAGGGCCUAUAACACCUCAGUAAUAUUCAGCUGACUAAUUAAUUGACCCUGCUUUGUGACAUACAGUACCUCCCAGAACUGCAUCAUUUUAUUUAGUAAAGAACCUCUUCAGGAAAUACAAAGUAUUGUCUCUGUUAUUUAACAGGCCCGAAAACAAGUCCUUGACCUGAGAGACAAAUGCGAGCGCCUGGAAAAACUGAAGAGCGCGCUGACGGAAGAGAGAGCAGGUUAUAUUAAGAAAAUCUCAAAGAAAUCUGGUAAUGGGAUUUACAUUUCACUUCCCCCCCUUCUCUCGUCUUCUAUUCAGUCUUUCCUUCCUAUAACACUGGCCUAUGUUCUCUCAUUUUACAUUUACAUUUUAGUCAUUUAGUAGACGCUCUAAUCCAGAGCCAUUUCCAGUUAGUGAGUGCAUACAUUUUUCAUACUCUCAAUAGGAAAGACAGAGGAGCUCAUCAUCAGGAAACUUGAGGACAUCUCGACCAAACAGAAGAACAUGGACGUGGUGUUCAAAAGGAAGUGGAGAGGGGCGACCUCGGCCCCGUCCUCGUCAUCGGUCUCACCCAAUAAAACAAUUUCACCCAGGAGCACUCGACAGCCUGAGCCAAAGCCCCUGGCCCCCGGCCUCAAGUUAAAGGUCGUACCCACCCCAGUCCCCCACUCUAUCCCCCGAAAGCCUACACCCCAACGACCCAAAACAAGUCCCAUCAUCACACCACCUUCCAGGAAACCACCCUCAACGUGGUGUUCGCUGGGUGAAAGGGCCAAACCUAACAUCCUGUCUCGCAGAAAAAUACACCCUGCCCCAGGUGAGCCUCCUUCCCUCUGACCCUGUUACUGUCUAUCAGCACCAAAUGGGACAUAUUGACUUCAAUAAGACAGACUGCUGGUCUAAAGACUGAACUUCCAUGUGAAGAAAUAAAGCACUGUGAAUAAUUUAGAUCCUUUUUUCUGCCUCCCCAACAGAUUCCUUACCGGUUCAUGCUGGGUUUCUCCCUCCUCAAAUGCUGUCUAUAGUGGGUGGAGUGAUACCAUCUCAGCAGGUGAUCACCAUGAGCCCAAUGCAGCCUGCCCGUUCUCUGCUGCCGGUAGGACGCGUCACUGGAAUCGAAAUGCAACAGUCUCUAACACCAGGUAGGCUUGUAGUGACUCAAGGUACACUGCAUUGACUCAAAGUUGCAUUGAAAUGUUUGCUGAUUUGAUUUUGAUUCUUCUUAAAUGUCUCACUUUUUUUAGGUGUUGCUUCAGUCACCAUCAGUAUCCCCUCAAUGUCCGAACCCAUUUCUCUCACUCCACCUCGUAAUAACCGCAACAGGGGAGGUAACUUCCGACAGACGUUUUUACCGCUUGGAUAUAGAAAUCUUUAAAUCUGAUUUGAAUUAGCUGAAUGUGAUGCCAUUGAGACAAAAAAAUGCAUUUGUUUCCUAUUUUUCAGUUCCUCAUAUCGCCAAUGUGAUUUCACUGGUUAACGCCCGACAGAACCAGUCUGCUCCAAGUGUGUCAGGGGGAGCUCAGAGGAUGUCAUCCCCAGUGAAGGGUAGGGGCAGUGGGUUGGAGGACGGAGAGGUUCUGGGGAAGCAGCUGGACCACGCUGUAGACAGUGUAGGGAUCAACGACGCAGAUGGAAACUCUGAUGAGGAGGACGAAGACGACGAAGAAGGUGACGGUGAAGACGAGAGCCUGACGUCUCUCCUCAACGAUAUAUUCUUCCUCAACCAGCAGAUGACCACAGACAACAACAGCAGCCCCAGAGGUCCUCCAGUGGUCACCCACAUACCACACACCGAGCCUGGGGAGGUGGGGACUGAGAGGGUACCCCCACCUCAGACAGACAGGGUGCUACCACCACCAGAGAAGGAGAUCAUCAGAGAUGGAGAUGACGAGCGCUCCCUCAGCCCCUUGUUCCUGAGACUGGACGAGGACCCUUUGGGGCCCAAAGAGGGCCAGGGCCAGGAAGAGGCUUCCAAAGGCCCAGGCCUGCCAGUACCACAGCCACAGGCAGAGGACCUUAAAUCAGAGACUGCUUCUGUUUCUGCUCCUGCUGCAGCUGUCAAUGGGCACAGCCCACAAGCAACAGCAUGCACUGCAAAAGGUCAAGAUGCACUGCAAAAGGCGCUGACCCCGCCACCGCUGCUACAGAUGAAAGUUGGAGGAGUGGCCAAGGUGAUGGAGUCCAAUGAGAAGCCAGGGGAUGCCCUGGCCCCGCCCCCACUGCUGCAGAUGAGGCCCAUGCCAAGACUAGCCCCACAAGGACUAAAGAGCAACCCUCAGACAUAG